AUGACGUCCUCCGCGACGCUGCCGCCGCUAGCGUCGGCGUCGGCGUCCAUGUCCGGACGGCCAUCCUCCACCGUCUUCUUCGGUAUCGCCAUCCUCGGCGGCGAUCAUUCAGCGUGCGUCCGCAACGCAAGAACGACGACACACGCGCGACCGACAGAGCCAAACUUACGCGCGACGCCAAACGCGCGAACAGUAAGGACUUGGUGCACUGAGAUUUAUAUUGUGGUGCAUGCAGUGGAGAAAUUCAGCUGGAAUUUGGAGUAUAGGACGUCAAGAUGA